AUGUACGCUCCCGUUGUUGCCGCCGUCACCCUCCUCGCCACCGGCGCCGUCGCCCAGGGCCUCACCUACGACACCUUUGACGACAGGUGCAAGUACCUCAACGUGCUGGGCUCGGGCAAGAAGGGCCAGACGGCCAUUACCGCCGCGUGCCUCGACGACGCCGGCAAGCGCUGGCAGACGACCCUCAACCUGAACCUGUGCAUCGGCAACGAUGCCGGCAAGCUCGCCUGGCAGGACAAUGGCAACUUUGACCAGACGUGCCGCCCCUGCACCAUCGGCCAGCUGGACAAUGGCCCGGCUCGCAACCUCGGCCUCAAGUGCAACUGCCUGCCCGCCCCCAACGCCGUCCCCAAGUACACCGACCUCGCCGUCUCCCCCAAUAACAGUGACGCGCUGGGUGUCAAGCUCGUGGAUGGCCGCUUCGUCUGCGGCUCUCACCAGGGUGACAAGGUCGAGCGGAAUUAA